GCUUACACAAAAAAGAGUAGGCUAUUCCUCCAUGCCGUUGCAGCUAAAUUAACCGUAAAUAAAAACUGCAGCGAUCAUAAAAUUUUCCCGCCAUUCGGAGAGGUUCAAGCUCGCAUGUUUACAAGAGGCAAGUGGACCAGUACAUGUUGUGCCGGAGCCCAGGUGUCUCGUGAUUACCGCAUCCCGUUGAACCGUUCAACUGUAUUUAUAAUUGGAAUUGGAAUUUUGUGGCUGUACCAUCGACAGGUUUUAUUUUCAUACCGCUACCAUGAGUGAUCUGGAUAGUGGUGACGACAUAUUUGGAGAAACCAAAAACACCUCAAAUUGGGAUAAGGAAAAAGAUCCAAACGGCUUGAACGAGGAAAUAGAUAAAACAGAUGUUUCACAUUCCAAAAGUGAAAAAAAGGACAACUCAACCAAAACAAGGAAACUUGUCAGAAACCCACAGUUAAAGCUUGACACAAGCAGAAUUUGUGGUGAAAGAGGAAUAAAAGCUGUCAUGGCUGAUUUUCGUACAGUAAAGCUGGGAGGAAAAGGAUAUGAAAAAUCCGAUCUUGAAACCAUUCUCUCCAAAAUGGAACAUUGGGCUCAUCGUUUGUUCCCAAAGCUACCCUUUGAUGAUUGUGUGGAGAGUGUAGCAAAACUAGGGAAUACUAAACAUGUACAGGUGUAUAUGAAGAAAUUUCGCAUGGAAGAAUCAGAAAUUGAAGCAAUGGUUGAGGAAAGUGUGAUAAACACAGAUUCACAGUUUGACAAUAUCAUGGAACAGGCAACCAAAGAAUGUAGUACCGUUUUUUCUCAACCUUCCCAGUCAGUCAUGAGGACAACUGUAACUGAAGACCAGCAGUUGAGAAUGGCUGAAAACAAAAGAAGGGCAGAAGAGAGAAGAAAAUCAAAGUUGUUGCAAAACAGCUUGUUGUGUAGUGACCAGUGUCAAAGUGAAAAGUCCCCUUCAGAAGUGUUAACCACAUCAGAACAGCCAAAGGAUAAUCAUAUUACUGAAAUUGCUGAAGAUAGCAGUGAACUCCUGGAUGUUGAUACAUUUCUUGAAAAUUUGCCUCAAUAAUUGUCACUCUUUUAAAAUAAAAAAGGUAACUGCAAA